UGCGCUGUAUGUACAUGCGUAUAUAGUAUACCUACAUAUAGAUACACAUAGCUAAGCAUAAGUUGUAGCUACCUCAGCCAGUAAUAAAUCAGCAUCCAACAUAUUCGGUAGUUUCAUUCCACUGGCGACGAGGAUUAUAAAAGUACCCGCGUUUGUGUAAUAUUGUACGAAAAUUACGUUUUGCGUUUAAAAUGUCGUUUUUAGGAAGUAUUUCUAAUUUCGACCACAAGACUGGUGAAUGGUCAAUAUUUAAGGGACGUUUACAACAGUUUAUCAAAAUUAAUAACUUCAGUGUGAGUAAUCAAAGUGCCGUGCUCAUUACCCACCUGUCGGAUGAGACUUACCGUUUGUUACGUAACUUGGUCUAUCCGAAGGAUUUAGAUAAUUUGUCGUACGAGGAGCUGAUAAAGGUACUCGACAAUCACUUCAUAACGAAGCGGUGCACCUUUGCGGACAAGGCAAGGUUUUAUGGUGCGACCAGAAGUCCAGGCGAAACGUUGGGAGACUGGGCGGCGCGACUAAGGGGUCUAGCGAGUUAUUGCGACUUCGACUCCGCCCUGGAAAUGGUUCUGCGGGACCGUUUCGUCCUCGGCCUGGGCUUGGGGCCCGAGCGGGACAAGCUGUUCGAGCAGAGCGCCUCCACCUUGACCUUCUCGAGCGCGCUGCAGAUAGCGGAGCAGGCGGAGAGUGCGCGGCAAGCCAAGGCGAUGGUGAUGGACGGCGCAGGGGCGUCGGUGAAGCAGGAGCCGGUGUACCGGGCGGCGAGCGAGCGCGCGCGCCGCGACGGGGGCGCCGGGGCCGCCGGGGGCGCGCCCGCCGCCGCCCGCUCCGUCUACCAGCGCGAUAUUGAAGAGGGCUUGCGUUGUUCAGUGUGUGGGUUAAAAAACCAUUCAAGUGAAAAGUGCAGAUAUAAAAAUAGUCGUUGCAAAAAGUGUGGUAAAAAAGGUCACAUGAAAAAAUUGUGCAAAGUGCGGGUUAAUAACCUAGACAUGGAGGAUCAAUCCAACUCAGACUGUGAUGAUUGUAAGGAAUGCAUGAUGUAUAACUUAAGGUAUGAAACUUAUCCACCUAUUACUGUAUGUGUUGAUAUAAAUAGUAAUACAUUUAACAUGGAAUUAGACUCGGGUUCGGCUAUAUCUGUAAUAUCAGAGUUAUUUUAUACAAAGAAUUUUCCUACUGUGGUUCUAAAUGAAAGUUUAAUAAAAAUAUGUGUAUACAAUGGCCAUAAAAUAAAACCUUUAGGUUAUUUCACCGCUAGAAUUACUUAUGAGGAUAAAUGCGAGGAAAUAAAAUUGUACGUAAUAAAAAAUGGCGGUCCUCCACUAUUAGGGCGAGAUUUUUUGUCAAAAUUUUCAUUACAGUUUACAACAGCUAGGAACAACAAUAUAGAAAUUAACGAUGAUUACGAAAAUGAUGCAAAACAAAUUGCAACCGAGUUUUCUGAUCUAUGGAAGGAUGAGUUGGGCACGUUUAAUAAGUUCAAGGUUACCCUUCGUCUAAAAGAUAACGUACAACCUAAAUUUUUCAAACCUAGAAAUGUACCGUUUGCGCUUAAGGAAAAAGUAAAUGACGAGUUGAAGCGGCUAACUAGUUUAGGCAUAUUAGUUCCUGUAACUAAUUCCGAUUACGCAACACCUAUAGUUCCGGUGUUGAAAGAAAACGGAAAAGUUAGAAUUGCUGGCGACUAUUCGAUAACCCUCAAUAAAGACAUGCACAUAGACAAGUACCCUAUGCCCCGUAUUGAAGAGGUAUUUGCAAAUAUUGGUGGGGGUGAGCGAUACACCAAAAUUGACCUCAGUAAUGCAUAUAACCAAUUUGUGCUUUCUGAUGACUCACAGGAGCUUACCACCAUCAAUACACCGCGCGGCCUAUUCAAGUACACCCGUCUGGUCUAUGGGCUGGCGAAUGCGCCCGCUAUAUUCCAGAGAACUAUGGAGAACUUGUUAUCAGGCAUAGAUGGAGUGAGCUGCUGGCUCGACGACGUGUGUGUCACCGCGCCCUCGCGGGAGGAGCAUCUGCGCCGGCUUCGGGAGGUAUUAGCGAGAUUUAAAAAUGCAGGAUUGAAGUUACAAAAACAAAAAUGUGAAUUUUUCCAACAAAGCAUUACGUAUCUCGGUUACGUGAUAGAUAAGCACGGUGUAAGAACCUGUCCAAAAAAGGUAGAAGCUAUUUUAGCUGCCCCACGCCCCAAUAACGUAUCGGACUUAAAAAGAUUCCUUGGAAUCAUAAAUUACUAUCGCAAUUUUGUUCCUAGGAUAUCUUCAAUUUUAUGUCCUCUUUAUGAAUUGUUGCGUAAAGACGCAGAGUGGGUGUGGAGCGGGCAGCACGAGCAGGCGAUGCGGCAGGUGCAGCGCGCGCUGGCGGCGGACGUGGCGCUGGCGCACUACGAGCCGGGCGCGCGGCUCGUGCUGGCCGUGGACGCGGGCCCGGGCGGGCUGGGCGCCGUGCUGGCGCAGGGCGCGGAGGGACACGAGCGACCGCUCGCCUUCGCCUCGAGAUCACUCGCCCCAAGCGAAAAGAACUAUAGCCAAAUCCAUAAGGAGGCGACGGCUAUAAUUUUUGCCGUGAAAUAUUUCCACCAGUAUUUAUACGGUCGAAAUAUUCCCUUUGUCCUAAAAACCGAUCACAAACCAUUAAUAGCCAUUUUCGGUAAAAAUAAAGGAGUAUCGGUCAUGACAGCAUCGCGUCUUCAACGUUAUGCUAUAUUCUUGUCGGCAUAUAACUACGACAUACAGUAUGUGUCGAGCGAAAAAAAUUUAGUUGCCGAUUAUUGUUCUCGGGCACCAAUAGAUAGCAAAAUAUCUGGAACUGAUCUAGGGGAAAAUGGUUCUUAUUUGAACUACAUUAAGAAUGAUAACCUACCUCUAUUGUUUACUGACAUGCAAGCGGCGACGUCGUCAGAUAAGGUCCUACAGACGGUAAUUAAGUACAUGCGCAAUGGAUGGCCACGGAAAAUAAAAUGUAAACAAAUACUGCCAUACUUCAAAUGCAAAAGUGAUUUGGAUGUGGACGAUGGAUGUUUACUGCGCGGGCAUCGACUAAUUAUUCCGCAGGUACAUAGGGAGCGCAUGUUAAUCGAACUUCAUAAAGGCCACUUAGGGGUUGUAAAAACUAAAAGUUUAGCCCGCAGCAAAAUGUGGUGGCCGGGUAUCGACGGUGACAUCACCCGCACCGUGCUAGCGUGCGACACGUGCAGCGCGCUGCGGGCCGCGCCGCCGCGCGCGCCGCCCGCCGCCUGGCCGCCCGGGCGCGCGCCCUGGGACCGCCUCCACAUAGACUACAUGGAGCUAGACAGGAAGGUGUUCCUAGUGGUCAUCGAUAGCUAUAGCAAGUGGGUAGAAUGCGUGCACAUGUGUAACACGGCUACUGCAACAUUAAUUAAGAAAUUAAAAUCAAUGUUUUAUACGUUCGGAUUACCAAAAAUGCUGGUAUCGGAUAAUGAUCCUAAGAUAAAUAACGAAGAAUUUACGCAUUUCUGUAAACUUAACGGUAUAAAAUACCUAACUUCACCUAUUUAUCACCCGUGCUCUAAUGGUCAAGCAGAAAAUUCUGUAAAGACCUGUAAAAAAAUGCUAAAGAGCAUAUUAGCCAACCAUAACACCGCGUCGUUAGAAUUCAUUAUCGAAAAACUGUCCUCUUGUUUGUUCGAGUAUCGCAGUAGUGCUCAUUGUUCCACGCACGAGUCGCCCGCCAAGUUGAUGUUCGGCCGAGAAUUGCGUGGCAGACUCGAUCUAAUACUACCAGAUAAACACGAUAAACAACAAUGCAUCAGUGUAAACAAAACUCAUUUUUGCAUAGGUCAGAAGGUUUGGGCUCGCUGUUAUGUAUCCCGUAAACCGGUUUGGCGAGUAGGAAAAAUAGUUUCCAAACUGAUGUGGGAGGAGUGCGCUGUAUGUACAUGCGUAUAUAGUAUACCUACAUAUAGAUACACAUAGCUAAGCAUAAGUUGUAGCUACCUCAGCCAGUAAUAAAUCAGCAUCCAACAUA